UGACCCACAGCCUCAGCGCCCACCCUGCCCCGAGCAGGAGACGAGACCCAAGCCCAAAAGAGGGCUCGCUGGUUCUUUUUUCCCUGGAGGGGGAAAUACAUUCUCCCUUCCUGAUCUCUUUAUCCCCCCUCCCUCAAAUUCCUUCAGCUGCUUCGCACGCCUGGCCCGGCCCGGCUGCUCCCUGCUAGCGGAUUUCUUGGGAGGCUGCUGGAGAUACCUUGCCCGGGACAGAAGAAAGGAUGAAGCUGCACGUGGUCCUUCUGCUGGGGCUGCAGGUGCACCUGGCGACCUCUCUCAACCCCAGCGACCCCAAUGUUUGCAGCUAUUGGGAAAGCUUCACCACGGCGACGAAGGAGUCCUACGCCCACCCCUACGCUCAGGCCUCCAAGGACUCGUGCGAUGGAACCUGGAGUUUUCUCAAGCCGUGUACCCAGCACAAGAUUGUGUACAAGACAGCGUACCGACAGGCGGUGAAAAUUGACUACCGGAAGAGGUACCGCUGUUGCCAGGGCUACUACGAGAGCGCAGAUGUUUGUGUCCCCAGAUGUACCAAGGAGUGUGUCCACGGGAGGUGUGUGGCUCCCGACCAGUGCCAGUGUGAACAGGGAUGGAGGGGCACAGACUGCUCCAGCGUGUGCGAUGGCCAGUCCUGGGGGCCCCGCUGCGAGAACCCCUGCCAGUGUGGCGAUGGGGGAGCUUGUGACCCCCUCACCGGAGCCUGUGUCUGCUCACCCGGGUACAAGGACCCCAUGUGCAAAGUCCCCUGCGACCCAGGCACCUAUGGGGAGGGCUGCCAGCUGGAUUGCUCCUGCAAGAACGCGGUCAAGUGCCAUGGAGAGACCGGGGCAUGUCUGUGCCAGCCGGGAUUCACAGGCACCUACUGCGAGCUCCUAUGCCUCAACAGCUCCGACGGGCUCCAUUGCCCGGCUUACUGCCCCUGCCAGAAUGGGGGCAUCUGCCACCCCCCAAAUACCACCCGCUGCGUCUGUCCUCCAGGAUGGAUGGGCACCAUCUGCUCCAUCCCGUGCCCCCAAGGGCGGUACGGCUCAGGCUGCCUGGGGGAGUGCCAGUGCCACAACAACGGGCUGUGCGACCCGGUCACCGGGCGUUGCCAAUGUGCUCUGGGCUACACCGGAGAGCGGUGCCGGGAGGAGUGCCCCAUCGGCAAGUACGGCCAGGACUGCGGCCAGCCGUGCGACUGCGCCAACGGGGGCCGCUGCUUCCACAUCAACGGGGCCUGCCUGUGCGAGGCCGGCUUCUACGGGCCCCGCUGCGAGGAGCGCAAAUGCCUGGACGGCCUCUACGGCUUGACCUGCCACCUGCCCUGCCUCUGCCAGCCCCAGAACAGCCACAGCUGCCACCCCAUGAGCGGAGAAUGCACCUGCAAACCGGGCUGGGCGGGCCUGCACUGCAACGAGACCUGCCCCCACGGAUACUACGGGGCCAGCUGCCAGGAGCCCUGCCUCUGUCUGAACGGAGGGACGUGUGAUGGGGCCACGGGGCUCUGCCACUGCGCCCCGGGGUACACGGGAGAGCAUUGCUCCAGCCACUGUCCCGCCGACACCUACGGCGUGAACUGCUCCAUGCAGUGCGCCUGCAAGAACGCCUUCGCCUGCUCCCCCAUCGAUGGCACCUGCAUCUGCAAAGAAGGUUGGCACGGAGGGGAUUGUUCCAGCCCCUGCCCCGCCGGCACCUGGGGCCCCGGGUGCAACGAGACCUGCUGGUGCGCCAACGGCGCCGCCUGCAGCCCUGUCAGCGGGGCGUGCGCCUGUGCUGCCGGCUGGCACGGCAGCAGGUGCCAGGAGCCGUGCGCGAACGGCGCCUACGGGCCUGGCUGCAGCAGUCAAUGUGACUGCAGCCACGCGGACGGCUGCUCCCCCGUCACAGGACAGUGCCGCUGCCUGCCGGGAUGGACAGGGCCCCGCUGCAACCUGGUCUGUGACGACGGCUUCUGGGGGCGGAACUGCAGCCAGCCCUGCGCCUGCAAGAACGGAGCCGCCUGCUCCUCAGAGGACGGGAGCUGCAGCUGCGCGCCCGGGUACCGCGGCCCCGCCUGCCAGCGCAACUGCCAGUCCGGACGUUACGGCAAGAAGUGCGCGAUGCCCUGCCGAUGCUCCAACCACUCCACCUGCCACCACGUGAACGGCUCCUGCGACUGCUUCGCUGGGUGGACGGGCAGCGACUGUUCACAGACCUGCCCGCCCGGCACGUGGGGAAAGGCCUGCGGCUACACCUGCCAGUGCCCAAACGGAGGCCGGUGCAGCACCGUGGAUGGGACCUGCUCUUGUCCGGCCGGCUUGACCGGCAGACACUGCUCGGAAGGCUGCCCCCCGGGGAGCUACGGGGAGAACUGUGCCCAGGCAUGCCAGUGCCAGAACAUGGCUCAGUGUGACCCGGUGACCGGGAGAUGUCUGUGCUCCUCCGGGUACACCGGCGCCCACUGUGAAACCAAGUGUUCCCCUGGCACCUUUGGACCCAGGUGUCUCCAGGUCUGUGAGUGCCUCCACAACUCCACCUGCCACCACGUGACAGGGAGCUGCCAGUGCGAGCCGGGCAGGAGCGGGGCCCAGUGUGAGAAAUGGAGCCCCGAUCACCCCUUCACCAUGGUGCCAGCCGUGCCGGUGGGGUACAGCUCCCUGGGGGCGAUCAUUGGCAUCAUCAUCCUGGUGAUCCUGCUUGUGGCGCUGCUGGUGUUUUUCCUGUGCUACCGGCACUGGCAGAAGGGCAAAGAGAACAGACACCUGGCCGUGGCCUACACCACGGGGCGGACGGACAGCUCGGAGUACGCGGUGCCAGACGUCCCACCCAGCUACACCCACUACUACUCCAAUCCAAGCUACCACACCCUGUCGCGGUGCACGCCGACCUCCCCUGCCCCCAGCAGCCAGGACAGGGCCAGCUCCCUCAAGGUGCCCUGCAACCAGCACUUCUCCAACAUAAAGAACAUGGCCUACGGGCCGGACUGUAACGCCUCGCUGCCCGCCGACUGGAAGCACCACAGGGCGCCGGCGCUGAAGCCACGCGAGCGAGGGGGCGGCCCCAUGGACCGCAGCUACAGCUACAGCAACAGCCUGGGGAAGUACUACAGCAACGACUACAUCAAGGAGGAGGCCCUGCGCGCCAGCAACAGCUCGCUGAACAGUGAGAACCCCUACGCCACCAUCAAGGACCUGCCCGAGCUCAUGGCCAAGCCCUCGGAGGGCAGCUACAUGGAGAUGAAGUCCCCCGUGAAGCGAGAAAUGUCCUACGCCGAGAUCGGGCUCUUCGAGGAGCCAGCCGCCGGCUCCAGGGCGGAAGAGAGUUGCCCCCCGGGGGCAGAAGGUGUGUCUCCAGCAGCCCCCAGCGUCCCCCCCAACCACUACGACUCCCCCAAGAACAGCCACAUCCCCAGUCACUACGACAUGCCACCGGUCCGGCACUACCCCCCAUCCCCGCCACUCCGGAGGCAGGACCGGUGAGGAGCCUCGGGGCGCUGUCUCUGUCCGUCUGUCCAUCCUCCCCCUCCUGUCUCUGUCGGCCCUUCCCAGGGAAAGGUGGAGGACUGGCUCCGAAUCCCAGUGGGAGGAGAGCCGUGGCGGGACCGUGGCUGGCCAUUUACCGGCACCCCCCUGGAUUCACCCGGAGCCUCUUUGUCUUCGCUUGUACAAUGCAACAGCCGCUAAGGACUAGGGAAGGGGGGAGUCGGACCCUUUGCCCCAGCCGCUUGGGGUUGAAUACAGCUCAUCACCUUCCCCCAGACGAGGGUUCAAGUCUGAGACAUUCACCUCCGGAUCCUGAGCCUCCCACAUGCCGCAGGGAUGUGGAUCAUGGCGGGGUGGUGUGGCCUCAGCUUGCCCCGCCAUGUCCCCCCCUGCCCCAUCGGUGUUUGUCUUCGGGGUGGGGUCCCCAGUCAAGCCAUCGGCAGGCGUGUUCUGCCCCCAGGGCACGGCUUCGCACUGAGGGGAGGACAGAGCCGGAGGAGAAGCCUGCCUCGGUGGAGCUGACGUGAACGGGCCACCUCGGGGCGGGGGCGCAGAACGGCAGGUGUUCCUGUGAGCCCCCCCCAAGGGGACUGAUAACCCAGCAGGGCAGCUGCAGACGCUGGACCGCUGCACCCUGCUGACACAGACUAAACACCCCAAGACCGGCCCCGCUGCUGCCCCAGGAGAGGCAUGGCUGGGAAGUGAGACGCCACCGAAUUCGGCUCCCAAGCCGGAUUCCAGCCUGUGGAGGGGGACUGGAGCUGGGCGUUUGGCUCAGCCUUGAUUUGCAUCUCGACACAGCUGCCAAACACCUGCCUGAUUUCACCCAGCCCAGCUGGAGAUGGGCCGCAGCGGACGUUUGUGCUGUUAGGGGAAGUUGGUAGCUCUGAAGCCAAGCUUCCCCACUGUUCCACCUCCCACCCCCCGGGCAGCACCACUGUGAAGCUCUGAGGGUUCAGAGCCCCCCCUUCCCAUCACCCCAUACCCCCCCCCACCACCCGGUGCAAUAUAUACCGGCCUAAUGGGUGUGGGCGUGUCUCCCCCUAGCGGCCAGCCCCAGCAACUGUAACAGCCUGCUACUUACCUGCAGCAAUGGGAGCGCCUCCUUGGCUCAGGUAAGAGAGGCCAGGGCUAGUGUCUCUCUGCACAUGGUCUUGGUUUAUGACCCCUCCGGGGGGGGGGGGGGGACAGACUAGCCCAGCAGGCUGAACUUGGCCUAAGGGACAUAGCUGGG